AUGCUGGGCUCACACAUCAAGAAUGUGUGCGCGCUUGUUGCUGCCACGAGCAUCUUCGCUCCGGCACCUUGCUCUGCCCUCUUUUCUUUUAAUGAAAGAUCAGUUGUGACUGGGAAUGCCAGUGUCGGGGUUGCUAAGGCUGUUCAUCCUCCAACACAACAGAAUCCAGCUGUUGCACCGCCUGUACCCAUCCUCAACAUCUCAUCACAAUAUAUCGAUCAUGCGAUAGUCUCUGGAUUGGAUACUCGAGCUCUCUUUUCUUUGGAGCGCAGAGAUCCGCUGCUUUGCGGCCCUAAUACCCCUUGCGCAGACGGCAGCUGCUGUGGAAAUAAUGGUAUCUGCGGCUACGGCCCAACCUAUUGCGGGAGCGGUAACUGUACAUCGAAUUGCGAUGCCACAGCUAUGUGCGGCCGUUAUAGUGAGGGAGGUAAUUUGAAAUGUGGCAUGAAUCUCUGCUGCUCUUAUUACGGAUGGUGCGGUACCACAGAGACAUACUGCGGUAACCCUGAUCCCAAUGGUCAAUCUCCCUGCCAAGCGGACUAUGGCCUUUGCGAAGUUGUGCCACCACCAUCUUGUGGGCAAGGCAGCGGUUCAACCAGCGGCCGCACGGUUGGUUACUACCAGGCCGACAAUGUUGCGAAUCGCCUGUGCAACAAGGUGUCACCGAGCCAGCUGAAUACCACUGGAUUCACUCAUUUGAACUACGCAUUUGUCCAGUUCGAUCCAUCAAGCUACGAAAUCACAGUCGACGACAGCUUGGGUCUUGUGUCUGAGUUCACAGCCUUGAAGUCCAGAGGACUUGAGACAUGGGUAGCCGUAGGUGGCUUCGACUUUUCAGAUGAAAAAGCUCCCACUCAUACUGCGUGGAGCGACAUGGCCUCAACUUCAGCAGGGCGCGCUGCGUUCAUCUCAUCUCUGAAGUCUUUCAUGGCCCGGUAUGGGUUCCAGGGUGCUGACAUAGACUGGGAAUACCCAGCAACGCCCGAACGAGGCGGAAAGCCAGCGGAUACCCAGAAUCUCGUAAAACUUGUCAAGGAGAUGCGUGCCAGCUUCGGAAGCCAAUAUGGUAUCAGCAUGACGCUUGCUCCCGACUACUGGUACCUGCGAUACUUCGAUGCCAAAGCAAUGGAGUCUAGUGUAGACUUCUUCGGCUUUAUGGCAUAUGACUUGCACGGUUCAUGGGAUGCCGACGUCAAGACGCUCGGCUCUCUCGUCCGCGCACAGACGGAUGUCCGCGAGAUUGCUAACGACACUCUGCCCUUAUGGUUCGACGAUCUAGAUCCUUCCAAGAUCAAUUUUGGCUUGGCAUAUUACGGAAGAGGUUAUACUCUUAACAAUGCAGGCUGUUCGGACCUUCUCUGCCCUUUCUCUGGCCCUAGCAAACCGGGGCCGUGCACCAACACUGCAGGCGUCUUGUCAUUACGUGAAAUUCAACAAAAGAUCGACGCCGAAGGUCUAGCUCCGGAACUCAUCGAGGGUGCUAUGAUCAAGCAGCUGGUUUGGGAAGAUCAGUGGAUCGGCUAUGACGAUGCUGAGACUAUCGCUAUGAAGAAAUCGUGGGCUGAUGGGUACUGUUUUGGAGGUACCUUGGUAUGGUCCGUCGACUUCAACAGUGCUGGUAGCGGUGAUGACCCGCCGGCCACAACCGAUGGCACUUGUGGAACACAAAACGGAGGCCUCGUCUGUGGCGACUGGCCUACUGGUGAUUGUUGUUCAUCUUCUGGAUGGUGCGGUAGUGGAGCUACCUACUGCUCGAAUGGCUGCCAAAGCGGUAGCUGUACCACCGGUGGCGAAACGAGUGACGGAACCUGCGGCAUACAGGGCUCUAACACUUUUUGCGGUAGCUGGAGUAAAGGAACUUGCUGCAGCUCCGCGGGUUAUUGCGGGUCUGACGAUGCGCACUGCGGCACGGGAUGUCAGUCAGGUUGUCCAUCAACUGACGGUACCUGUGGCGCUCAGAACAAUUACAACACUUGUCCUGAGGGGAGUUGUUGCUCUGCAGACGGCAAAUGUGGAACUGGCGGCGACUUCUGUGGAGUAGGAUGUCAGUCGGGCGAAUGUCAAGGAGGAGAAAAUAACUACGUCGAGAUUGAUCCCGAUAUCUGGACGACUGCCGAUCCAACACUGCAGUGCUAUCCUCCCUGCACAUUCGUUCUCCCACCUCUCUCCCUGCCAAGUGAGACGACUAUCUCAAUCCCGCCUGUCACAGAGACCGUCGAAGAGACCUGGCCAUUGUCUACUAGGGAUGGUACAACGGUAUACACAACCAUCACUACUGUCAUCACUAUCAACGUGCCAGCUAUUACGACGAGUGUCAUCCAGUUCUCUAAUGUGGAAUGGAACAGCACCAGCAGCGAUGAUACCCUAAUCUGGGCCUGGACAAGUCUUGAUCCAUCCCCUAUAUACUUCACCACAACCCUGGGAUCAGAGCCCGUAUACUGGACGUAUAGCCCAGGACCCUGGCCCCCAGGACCGGAUUCCACUCCUCCUUCUCACAGUACAACUCCUCCAGCUUCAUUCGUCCAUGGCUCAUUCCCUGCUCAUUCUGGUAAACCGAAGCCCACUUGCACACACCUCGGAGGUUGCGGGCACGUAUGUGAGCACAACUGCGGACCGGCCGGUAUUAAACCACCACAUAUCGGCCCACCGGGCCUUCAUUGGUGUCUCGGCCUAGGAUGUAGAGGAGGGGGAGGAGGAGGUGGUGGUGGCGGUGGUGGAGGAGGAGGAAAUUGCGUUGGAGAUGGUUGUGGUGGUGGCGGCGAAGAAGGUGAAGACUGCGCAGAGCCAUCGACUGUGUCCGACUGCCGUGUCGUCUGCACUCCCUCGCCCAUCGUUUCUCCGCGAACAACUAGUUGCAGUACCACUUGCUUCAGUGUUGUUGGCUGUGAUGUCACUGCCACAACUACGACCAAAACUGGCACAACAGGUUUACCAGCAUCAGCGGGAGACUGGGAGUUCGACGAUGAGUUUGAAUGGACCGAAACCGCCACUGGAACAGACGACAGUUGGUGGGCUGCUCACUCUUCCAGUUUGGUAAGCGACUUCGGAUCGAACCCAGGUGCCAGUCCCGAUCCCGCGCCCACGAGUAGCAACGACAAUGGUGGUAGUCCAGGCUCGACACGCACCAACAACGACGGCGGUGGCACUCCAGACCCUGGGCCGACACAUACUGGGAUUCAAACUGGUGGAGGCACAGUCACAACGCCAUACACAGGCACUGAAUGCUCAGGCUACACUACAACAACACGCUGUACUACUGGUGGCGAUUCGGUUGCGUGUGCAACAGAAGCGCUAUGCAUGGCGACAGCGCCCUGUCCACCAGCGUACACCGCUUCCGGCACACCAAAAUGCUCGGCAACUAACGAAGUCUGUCUCGGUACUACUGUCUAUACCCAAUGUGCCGAAGAAACAGGUGGCGCAGUCGCCAGAAAGAGAAGUGCUCGCAGCGCGCUACUUAUGCCUGCUGAAGUUACCGCACCGCCCAGCUUUGCGACUUCGGUUGCUGAAAUUGUUUCUAAAGGAGUGACUACGGAGGAUGAAGACCUAGCCUGGAUUGAGGAUCUGAGCUCACCUAAUGCUUUGUUUCCUCGCCAGAAUGGCUGUGGUGGAAUUGCUAACGGAGGAUGCGAGUACUUCCCCUUCUGCAAGCUCUGUGCCACCAUUGAGCAUGUGCCGUGUCUGCAGGCCAACAUCUACGCCCAGACGGGUGUGUUCUCUGGAACGGACGUAAUUGCGAUUGUAGUACAGGACGGAGAGGAGAUCUGCUCCGCCUCAAUCAGCUGCUCUAUCUGGGAUGACGACUGCAGCGGUAUCAAGGAUUUCGAUUGUGGUAACGGAAAUAUCAUGAGCUGGAAGUGGAACUACAUCAUCCUCUACAGCGAUAAGUACGAGCAAAACUUCCCCAUGUAUCUGGAGAGAACCGUGACAGACAAAGUUACAUACUGCACCCAAAAAGUAGGCGCCGCAGGGAUUGAGAUACCCUUUGCCUGCAUCGACGACCAGUUCGCAUACAAAGAUGGUCCUUGUGCAAAUUACGACGAUAACGCGGGCGCUCAGGGUAAUGACCCGAGCAAUAAGAGAAGAGACAUUGCGAACACCUUUCGUCGAUGGAUUUCGCGGUAG